AUGAUAAUCGUUUUUAUUGUUUAUAUACGUUGCAAGUUAACGACCCUCGUUCAAGGUGAAACCUUUUCAAAUCACCUGUUCGAAUCAUCAUCGCCAUCUCCAUCAACGUCGCCGCCAUCUUUGCUUUUCUCCUCGCUUUUACUUCUAACUUUACUACUCGUACUUCGUGUGAUACCCGUUUGCGAUUUUCCAUCCUUAAAAAUGUCAAUUUUUUCCCUCAUAGAGGUUCCCUCAAUUAGAGGUGGUACAGUUAGUGAGAAAGGAAAGGAAAGGGAAAAACAGGUGACCAGGAAAAUGUUUGUUGGUUGUCGUUUGUUAUUGAUGACGUAA